AUGCCGUACGAGUUUCCGCCGUGGUUGACUUGGUAUAAGAAGCCCGAAUACCGCGACUUCAGGGAGUAUGCGACACACAUCAGCUCCGGCCGACGACCAGUGAGCCCCAAUGGCAGUGCUGGCGGCGGAGUCCCGCAUCGGCUGCGACUCGACAGGAUCUUAGCCAACAAGACGUGCAGCCCCAUGUCGUUGUACGACUUUUACAUGUACCUCAAAUACAUUGAGUAUUCGGCCGAGAACUUGGAAUUUUACGUCUGGUUCAAGAACUACGAAUCAACCUAUGGCCAGGCCACGGCCAUUGAUAGCAAGGAUUACGGAUCAAUUCGCAGCGCGGCCCAGUCAACUUCAUCCGUAGCUCGUAUCACACCGGGGGACGGUGAUAGCGGUAUCUCGGUCGCUGGGAAGUUUGACGCGGACGACAACCCUGACAGCGAAGCGGCCCAAGAAACCCUCGCCCGCAUUUCCAACCUCAUCUCAACAACCGCCCUAUGCGCCUCCAAAUCUACCUGCAGCCCCGACGCCAUCUCCCCCCCAAGCCGCGUAGCCUCCUUCCUCUCCCCCUUCUCAGCCCCCUGCGCCAAACCUGCCACAACCCCCCUCACCACCCCCCUCACCACCACCAGUACAAACUCCCAAGCGCCGACCCCCCAAUCCGAACUCUCAACAAUCAUCUCCCUCUUCCUCCUCCCCUCCUCCCCAAAAGAACUCAACAUCCCCGCCGCCCUGCGCACCCAAGCCCUGGCCGACCUCACCACCACGAACGGCCACCCGUCCGCCCUCCGCCCCGUCGCCGAACACGUUUAUUCGCUCCUACACAGCUGUUCCCACCGCAACUUUGUCCGCCUCGGCGUGGGCAACGGUACCUUUGAAACGGUGUGUGCGGCGUCGGUGCUGGGGUGGAUUAGCUUGCUGGCUGGGUUUGUGGUGGUGCUUUGUCGGGCGUUGGCGGUGGACGGGGAUGAGAGUGGAGGGCGGGGGAGGCAUUCGAGGUGGGAGACCUUUGCGGCGUGGCCGUUGUGGUGGUUGGGGAUGAGUCUGGUGUUGAGCGGGCUGCGGGGGAGUUGUUUUUUCUUGUUGUUGUUGUCGCGGCGGCAGAGGUUGCCGUGGGAGCGGUUUGAUGAUGGGGAGGAGGAUGCGGCGAGUUUGAGGAGGGGGAGUAGUGAUGACAGAAAGGGGGAAAAGAAUGGGAUGGCGGGUUGGUUUAGUGGGAAUCGGAGGUUAGGUGGAGGGGGGGCAGGUGGGAACGGUGGUGGGUGGUUGAAUGGGUUGAUACAGUGGAUUAAGAGGGUGAUGAUUUUUGAUCGGAGGAUAAGGGUGCAGGAGAGGGAGUUGAGGAGGUUGCAAAGGAAGAUUGUGUUCCAGAGCUUGACGGGCGGUGCGCUCUUUGCGACGGUGUGUGUCUUGUUGUUUUUGUGGUUGCCGGUGUGGAGGGAGACGGUGUAA